ACAGGGCUCCUCUAAACCUAUCGACUUCCAGCCAUGGGCACACUGAGUGCAGAAGUCGCUCAUAUUAAAAUAGACAUUUUUUAGAUUGCUGAAUGAGAAACUAGGCUACUUGUUAUGUUUAUAAUCUAGACAGCUUUAAAGCUCUGGACUUUAUGAGCCACAUCCCCACAGCAGUCAGAGAGGCAGAGUCCAAUAGAGGCGGAGGAUACAGGAUCCCCGGAGCCAAUCCCAGCGCUCCUUACUGCUCUCUCGGUCUGUAACCUGUCCGGUCUGCAGCGCUACAGAUCAUUUAUAAAAGCUAAAACAUUCCUCUGAAGAUGUGUCUGUGGAUUUGCUACACUGACUCCGACUCAAACCCCAGUUUCUCCUUCAUCUAACGGCAGGUACCGUUUACAAUUAUGGAGGCUUAAAAAGAUUAGUGUUGGGGGGAAGGAGUCUUUCCCCUCAAACUGGAUGGACUGUUUUGAUGGACUUUUUGGGUGGUUGAAGAGUUUGUUGCCUUUUGCACAAUGAUCUAAACUAGACUACAAGUGAAACAAGUAUUUUUGAAUAACUGAGAAUAUAUUUAUAAAACUUUUGUACAUAAAAAAUAGCCAAAUAUUUAUCCUUUUUUGAUGCCAUUGAUUGUUUUUUUUCUGCACUGGGUAGUGUGGGUUUUUGUUAAUAUGGUGGACUGAGGUGAGGUGGAUAUUCACCCUAGGGUUGCUAGGGUGCAGUGGAACCUCAACAUAUGCACAAUUCUAGCACCCUGGGUUUUGGGGUCAGAGAGUGGCUUUUCAUUUUGUGCUUCAAGUGUUUUUUCUUUGCUGAUUUAUUUUAUUUUCUGCUUAUCAAAGGAGUUGUGUAAAGGGGCUGAGGCUUUGCUGGUUGUUUUGGGGCUUAUUCUGUUAUAGGCUGAAACAGGUCUAGUUUACUCUGUUGGGGGAAAGGGGUAUUACAUUUUGCUGUUUUAGGAGGAGUGUAAGAUGAGUGUGUUGACCCCGGAAUGUACUUCAAAAUGCCGCUCUCCACGCCAUGCGGAGGAGAUUGUGGCUGCUUUGACCAGUGGCUCAGAAGGCCAACUGAAGGCCUUCCUCUCAGCUUACUGCCACAAUGCUGCCACUCUGCGAGAUGAAUUUGGCCGCACCGCUCUUCACCUUGCCGCCUCACUGGGCAAACGUGACCUCUUGGAGUGGCUUCUGGACAGCAAGAGUGCUGACCUGCUGGUCAAGGACAAGGAGUCAGGCUGGACAGCUUUGCACCGGAGUGCCUUCUAUGGCCAGAUCCAUUGCCUCAUGGCACUUGUUAAGCGUGGUGGUGCAGUGUCUACUCUGGAUAAGGAAGGCUUGUCUGUUCUCGACAUAACUAUGAAGGACCGCCCUGCACUUGUCGUUUUCCAGAGCUCUGAUCCAACUGAAGUGUAUACGUGGGGCAACAACGCCAACUUUAGCCUUGGGCAUGGAAACCAAGAGACUAGGCACCAUCCUGAGAUUGUGGAUUUGUUUGCCAGAACUGGAGUUUACGUUAAGCAGGUGGUCUUGUGCAAGUUCCACUCUGUGUUCCUUUCUCAGAAGGGACAAGUUUACACAUGUGGGCAUGGACAGGGAGGGCGACUCGGGCAUGGUGAUGAACAGACAUAUUUGGUCCCUCGUUUGGUAGAAGGGCUCCUUUCCCAUCACUGCUCAAAGAUUGCUGCAGCCAGAGAUCACACAGUUGUUCUGACUGAGGAAGGUUAUGUCUACACUUUUGGGCUCAACACAUACCACCAGCUUGGCCUGUCUCCUCCUCCUGCUGCCAGUCAAGUGCCCAAACAGGUGACUUCUAAGUCUUUGAAAGGGAGGACUGUGAUUGGUGUUGCUGCUGGAAGGUUUCACACUGUUUUGUGGACCAGAGAUGCAGUCUACACAAUGGGGCUGAAUGGUGGACAGCUGGGCUACUUGAUGGACCCAAACGGGGAAAAGUGUGUGACUGUGCCCCGGCAAGUGUCUGCUCUCCACCACAAGGAAGUGACCAUUGCCAUGGUAGCAGCCAGUAAUGGAGCCACUGUGUGUUUGACGGAGAAAGGGGACAUCUACCUGCUUGCUGACUAUCAGUGCAAGAAACUAGCCUCCAAGCAGUUAAAUAUUAAGAAAGUCCUCGUCAGUGGAGGCAGUUUGGAUUAUCGAGUUGACCCCCAGAUCCUUAAUGAAAGCGGAGGAGAGAAGACCACCAUCCUUGCGCUGGAUGAAGCUGGGAGAGUGUUCUGCUGGCGCUCUGUGGGCACCUCAGUGAGACAGUGUAGGUGGGCCUAUGGCAGACAGGUCUUCAUGUCAGACAUCGCCCUUGGCAAGAACAAAAUGAUGUUUGUUACACAGGACGGCGAGGGCUUUAGUGGCCAGUGGCUUGGUGAAUACAAGAAGAUUGUUGACAAGAAAGGCGUAGGUAUUGAGGUAUGUGGACACUCCGAGGGAGGAACUAUGUAUGAGCGUAUUCGCCUUGAAAAGCUUCCCUACAUUCACCGAGCUGUUAGUAUUGUAAUGGACUCCAAGGGCCGGAACUUUGGUGUGUUGCAGUCUGAUCCCAAAACCAGCCUAUAUGAAGUGCCCACAGUGUCAGCCUCCUCAUUCACCAAGCACUUCCAGCAACUCCUGUCUGAAGCUGACGAAACGGAUAGCAUCCAUGACAUUACUCUUCAGGCUGGGGAUCACACCUUUCCUGCACAUAAGUACAUCCUGUCUAUGCGCUCUGAAUUCUUUCGCAAGCAGCUGCUUGCAGAAGCAGGGCAGGGAGAUGAGGGGGAUGGGGAAGUGAAGAGGAGCGUGGAUGCUGUGGGCUGUGACCUUCUGGUCCUGGAGAAGGUGUCCUAUGAGCUGCUGGAGCAGGCUUUGCACUUCAUCUACACAGACUCCUGUGAGAUGCUAGUACACGGAGCCCGGCCAACCAUUCCACGCUUCAGUCAGGGCUCUGAGCAACAGCAGCAGCAGCUGAUCCACAGCCUGGAGGAGUUUAGUCUUGGCGGCCGCUCCGCUUUAGAGGUUUACCGUUCCCUGUCUCCCUCAUCUCCUGGAGAGGGAGACAAGCCAAAGAGCAAGAGUGCCAAGUCUGGAAAGAAGGGCAAGGGUAGCGGUGCUCCUGAACCUGGCUACAAUCCUGUGAAGAUGCUCCAAGUAGUAGCCAAAAAACUAGGCUUGGGUGGUCUCUCUGCAAGGCUUGAUGGAGUGAAGUAUGAGAACGGGAAGAUCAAUGUUGUGCAAAAGAAAACUGGAAACAAACCGAGAUUCUCUCUAAAGAAAUGCCCCUACCUUUGUGAUGUCACUCUGAAGUCAGAUGAUGGGAAGGAGUUUCCUUGUCACAAAUGUGUUCUGUGUGCCAGACUUGAAUACUUUAACAGCAUGUUGGGGAACCCAUGGAUAGAGUCUACCAGCUGUACUGCACUGGAGAUGCCCACUAGUGCCAAGGUCUUGCAGGUCAUACUAGAGUACAUAUAUACAGAUGAGGCUCCCACUAUUGGAGAGUCUGUGAGUGUGGAGUUUGUAUGUAAUGUGCUGGUGGUGGCUGAUCAGCUGCUCAUCACUCGGCUGAAGGAGAUGUGCGAGGUGACCAUCACUGAAAACUUGACUCUGAAGAACGCUGCAGAGCUGUUGGAGUUUGCUGUGGUGUACAAUGCUGAGCAGUUGAAGCUGUCCUGUCUGCAGUUUAUUGUUCUCAAUAUGGCUGCCAUGCUGGAGUCCAAGGCCCUGAGGAAUUUGAGUGAUGAUGUGUUGAUGGAGCUGUCAGAAGCAUAUAGGAAAAUGAUUCCAGCCAUGGAUAGGCGACAUAUCACCCCAUAUUUUGAUGCCCCUGAUCUCAGUGCCUACGAAGACAUGAGUUGGGAUUCAACAACCAGCUGUAAAAAUAGCUCUGAACAGGAGCAGUCCAGCAAUGACAGUCUGUUGAAGAAAGCCAAGAUGAAAGCUAAGAGGAAGCCACGGCGCCGCUCUGAUAGCUCAGGAGGAUACAACCUGUCUGAUAUAAUUCAAAGCUCACCCACUGAUGUAUUCCAGAGUUCACCUUCUUUAGGCUUGAUUGAUUCCGGGAAAGCUUGUUCAGUGGAGUCUCUACAUGAGCUGGUCACGUCUGAUUCUGAGGGCAGCUAUAUGGGGGUUGGAAGCCCUCGAGAACUUCAGUCCCCCAUCUUUCAGGACAGACCUGAUGCACAAGAGAAGUCAGGACAUAUUUACUGCAGGACUCCUCCUAGCACACCAACUUUGGUUGUGCCUGCUAAGUGUUCCACACCUGAAAACAUCCCCAAGAUUAAGGCCAGUCCUGCUCGGCCAGCACCUGUUUUGGACCUUAGAACCAUUAUGGAAAUGGAGGCCAAUAACCCGAACCUCGGAGCCACUCCAAAAAGCCCUGGGUCGUCUGGAAACAGCAUUAAACCCUCAGUCACCCCCACUAAGCUGUCUCAGAAGCAAAGAAAGAUGAUGGCCAUGGCCACUAGAGAGGGCAGUGUGGAAGGAGCAUGUGCUAAAUCAGCCCCUGUAGCUGUUCCAAUGAAGCCUGCGAAGGCAUGGGUUACGGCAGUGCAGUCCCCACUUUCGUCUCUCUCCUUCCGCGAUGUGUUAAUUGAAGAGGAGCAGCGAAGUAAGCCAUCUGCAUCUGCUGCUGCUGUCGUUGCUGGAAGUCCAACCGGACCAGGAGGAUCAGCUGUCUCUGCAAAAAGAGUGACCUUUAAGUGCGCUGAUUCUGACAAUGCUGACAAACCUGCAGGGCCAUGGGUGCUUGGGUUGGUAAGCAGUCCACCAUCUACUGCAGCAGUGACCUUCGCAUCCAUUGUGGAGGAGGAGAAACAACAGGAAGCUGCCCUCAUUCGAAGUCGAGAGAAGCCUCUGGCAUUGAUACAGAUUGAGGAAGCAGCAAUUCAGGACUUGCUGGUUCACUACAGAGCCUUUAACAACCCUGAUGAGUUCAUUGUGGUUGAGAGGGCCCCCCAAGGCCCUAUUGCUACACCAAUGUGGAACAAACAUUCAUAUUAACCUAACUGCAACAUAUCCAUAACACAUAAGCUUCAUAUCUGUUAUAAGCUCUAAAUCAUCAGUGUUAACUUGUACCUAAGACUCCUUUGGUUGUGGAACUGGUUCGGUGGGGAUAUUUUGGCUUUAUGCUGGCUCAAUGCUGCUUUUUAUUUCUGGUUGUAAUGACUGGCAGUCUCAUUUGUAAAGCUUCAAUUGAUGGACUGGCACUAUUGUAAUUUUCAGUCAUAAAAUAAAUCAAAUUUCGGACCUGACCAGUAAUUCAGAGAACUAGAGAAGAAAACAGACCUAUGCUGUUUAAGGCCAUAUGUGCAGGCCAGAGUAUUUGCCAAAGAUUUGUUCACAUAAUGUGAAGGAAUAUGUAGUUCAUCCAGCCACCUGAAUUUACUAAAAAGUGACCACGGCCAUGUGAAGAGAACUAUGAGUGGUCUACUACAUGGCCUGUUAAGGAAAAUAUGUGAAUUAACAGACAGCACUAAGCCUAUCCUGGAAAUGUAGUCCCUCUACAGUGUCAUGCAGAAAAAUUCUGCUACACAAAAUAUUGAAAAUAUUUCCUGUUUAACUUUGAGAUCUUUUCUGAGUUCACAAUAACAGAAAUGUAAACUGGGGUGCCCAAACUUUUGCAUGCCACAUUGAAUAUUAUUUUGUAAUUAUGAAGAUCUAAAUAUUGUAUGCCUUCAGUACUUACAGUAAAUGCUAAUUGUUUUUUUGUUUUGUUUUUUGUUUUUUUGAAGGGGGAGGGGUAUAUUAGCAAUUAGCAAACUUGGCAACUUUUGGCAGUUAACAUGUGACUCUAAUCCUGAAGCACCAGUUUGGCACUGUAGAUUGGAGAAAGCAUUCAUGUUAGUCGUUAAGAAAGGACUCUGGCAAUGGCAUGCAAUAAAGAACUCUUGUGCAUUCA